GGCGGGCUAACUGAACACGCGUGCUCACUUGGCGCGCUCCGGCCGGCGGCAGCGGCUGGGCGUGCGCAAACUCCUCACUUGUAGAAGAAGAAGCGCGCGCGGCGUGCUCUGGUCUGGCGUUCCUAAGGUGAGCCUGCCUGGGACGACUGCUCCUUCAGAUCCUUUCUACUACCGAAGAAAAGGAACUUACUGUUGUUGAGGCCCAGAAAGUGGUUCCAGACGACCACCAACCCACGGCCAAUAGGCCCUGAUCCACGCGGGUUUCCCCUUGACCCGACCCCAGUGGAAUUUCAAUUCUUCAGAAGUAUCCUUGGGAGUUAAAGACAUCUGGCUGAGGUUACAUCAGGUGUAUGAGACGGCUCCACCACUCACUGCAUCAGAUCAAGCUAGGAGACUGGAACCUAGAGCCCAUGUCAUGAUCCUGACCACACCACUGCCAUCAAAGUUGACGGGAUUGCUGCCUGGGUACAUCACUCCCAAGCCACAUAGCUGAUUCAGAACUGACGGAGCCACCAGAGCCUGUUCCAGAGAGCACCAAGCCACAGUGGAACUGGACUGUAAAGCCUAACCCCAACAACGUCCUGAGACUCAAACUAAGGUCAGACCUCCCGAUGGCCUUGUUAGUACCCGCUCUGCUUCUGGUCCUAGUAACACCAGCCUGGGAUGCCUGUAACCCACACAAACCCCUAAACAUUACCUGGCAACUUUUAGGCCCCCGUGGAAACCUGGUCAAGCAAAUUUCUAGGGUUUCCCCACCAGGGGUAUGGUUCCCUGAUAUAGUAUUUGACCUUUGUGAGAUAGCAGGUCCUGAUUGGUUAGACAGCUCUGGAGCUCUCGGGUGUUCCAGAAAGAAAGAUGCUGCAGAAUGCCUCCAGAAGGCAAGCUUUUAUGUCUGCCCGGGGUGGGAUAGACUGAUGGCUUGGAAUUGUGGAGGCAAGGAGGAUUAUUUCUGUAAGAAGUGGGGCUGUGAGUCCACUGGGCAUAUGUGGUGGUUGCCGCCUGUUACAACAGACCUCAUCACCCUUCGGCGAGAGCAGGACAGUGUCCCUGCCAACCCUUGUAACCGGUACCCAUGUAACAUCCUCCACCCAGAGCCUAUCCCUCACCUCUGUAACCCAGUAAGAAUAGUUUUUACAGACCAAGGAAAGAAAGCAACAGGCUGGGAAAGAGGGAAAAUGUGGGGCAUCAGAGUGUAUGAGGGAUCCCACCCAGGAACCUUGUUUACUUUACGACUGGUUGCCACGGCUCCUACCGCAGGAGGGCAGAAUCCCCAAGAGAUAGGACCCAAUGAGAUACUGAAUCAGCCUGCACCACCCUUCCCCCCACCCAAGGAACUAGGUUGUCCCCAGUUCAUUGACAAUUUGAGACGUGCGAGAGAAUCAUUAGCCAAAGUUAGGGAGCGACUGGAAAAAAGAGAACAUGAACAAGCUCAAGCCAGGUUUGGAGACUCGUGGUUAGUGAUCUUAAUCUCUGUGUUGCUAGGGUACCUCCUGGUCUCAGUGAUUCUACUGGCUUUCAUCAGGAAAAGGAGCAGCACUGUACAGUUGUCAGAGCCACAGCCUCAGUCUAUCCCUGACCUAGUGAAAGAAACACCCCCUGAAUCUGGGACCCAAGCCAGUGAAAGAGACACUUUAUUCCUAAACCUAGAGCCAGGGAAAAGCACCCUAAUUCUGAAACUAGUGCCAAAAGAAAACACUUUGCUCCUAGAAUCAGAACCUGUAAAAGAAAUUUGCCCAGGCCCUAAAACUGGAGCCUAAAAGCCAAAAAGAACCAUAGAAAGAAACACGGUUUGACCCUGAAAUCAGAGCUGUCUCUACCCCUGACGCAAAACCAGCUAAUCCCUGAGCAAGGAAAACUGGCCAAUCUCUUGAGUGGUGAAGUUGUGAUCUCUAGUCUGGGGGUAACCUUUCUGAACCAUAGAAAUAGUGCAGUAGUAACCACAAGUCUGGAGUCCCGACUCCCCAGAGACUUUAAGCCUAAGGAAGUAGUAGCCCCUAGCCUAGAUACAUUCUUUGACCCUUUCUGGACCUUAGCCCAGAGGGGCAGCCAAUUCCAACACUGAAGACUUGGAAUUCCCCAAGCCUUCUCUUGGGUGUAAAACACCCUUCCCUCACGCCCAUGGUCUCUCCUCUGCUCUCUGCUGCUGCUGCUCCUUCAGGCGGACAGAGGGACCUCAGUUAACUCACAAAUAAAGAGUCUUAAUUGUUUUUGCA